CCCGCCCCGCCGCCAUGAAGCCGGGGCCGCCGCACCGCGCCGGGGCCGCCCACGGGGCUGGCGCCGGGGCCGGGGCCGCGGCCGGGCCCGGAGCCCGCGGGCUGCUCCUGCCUCCGCUGCUGCUGCUGCUGCUGGCGGGGCGCGCCGCUGGGGCUCAGCGCUGGCGCAGCGAGAACUUCGAGAGGCCGGUGGACCUCGAGGGCUCUGGGGACGACGACGCCUUCCCCGAUGAUGAGCUGGACGACCUCUACUCCGGGUCGGGCUCGGGCUACUUCGAGCAGGAAUCGGGCAUCGAGACAGCCAUGCGGUUCAGCCCAGACGUGGCCCUGGCAGUGUCCACCACACCUGCGGUGCUGCCCACCGUGGACAUCCAGCCUGUGGGCACCCCUUUUGAAGAGCUCCCCUCUGAGCGCCCUACCCCGGAACCAGCGACCAGCCCCCCACUGGUGACAGAGGUCCCAGAAGAGCCUAGCCAGAGAGCCACCACGAUUUCCACUCCUACAGCUACCACUGCUGCCACAACCACAGGGGCCCCGACUGUGGCCACCUUGCCCACCACAGUGGCCACUGUUGCCCCCAGCCUCCCUGCGGCACGCCCUUCCACGGUCACUACUUCCGUCGUAAGGACCACCGGCACACGGAAGCUUUUGCCUCUUCCACUGACCACGGCAGCCACAGCCCGGGCCACCAGCCCAGCAGUGCCCUCACCUCCCACCACAGUGGCCGUCUUGGACACAGAGGCCCCAACACCCAGGCUGGUCAGCACAGCUACCUCCAGGCCAAGGGCCCUUCCCAGGCCGGCUACCACCCAGGAGCCCGAUGUCCCUGAGAAGAGCACCCUGCCCCUGGGGACCACUGCCCCUGGACCCACGGAGGUGGCUCAGACCCCAACUCCGGAGUCUUUCCUGACCACGAUCCGGGAUGAACCAGAGGUGCCGGUGAGCGGGGGACCCAGUGGGGACUUUGAGCUGCCGGAGGAAGAGACCACACAGCCAGACACAGCCAAUGAGGUGGUGGCUGUGGGUGGGGCUGCGGCCAAGCCGUCGCCUCCCCCCGGGACGCUGCCCAAGGGUGCCCGCCCAGGCCCUGGCCUCCUGGACAAUGCCAUUGACUCGGGCAGCUCGGCUGCUCAGCUGCCCCAGAAGAGCAUCCUGGAGCGGAAGGAGGUGCUCGUAGCUGUGAUUGUGGGCGGGGUGGUGGGCGCCCUCUUUGCCGCCUUCCUGGUCACACUGCUCAUCUACCGCAUGAAGAAGAAGGAUGAGGGCAGCUACACGCUGGAGGAGCCCAAGCAGGCGAGCGUCACGUACCAGAAGCCCGACAAGCAAGAGGAGUUCUACGCCUAGUGGAGCCAGAGUGCCUCCCUGUAGCCUCAGCGCCACCCCUCCACCCAGUCCCCAGCCCGGCACCACCAGCCCCAGCCUGGGAGACAGCCUGGCCCCAGUUCAUCGCUGCCAUUCUCCCAAGGUCUGCCCAGAUUACCAGCCUCACACAGCUCUUCCCCAAGGGACGGGGGGCACUGCCAUCUGCUCCAGACUGUGCCCUUAUGAGCUCAUCACUUGUCGCCCAUCACCAGCCUGGGGCUUUAGGACCUCAUUGCAGAUGGACAGGAGGAAGGAAACUCCUGAUUGGCUGGUGGAAGGGGUGAAGCUUAAGCCCCAACCUGGCCCCAUAGGGCUGGCUGAGGUUUCCUUUUGGGGGCAGAGAGGCACUUAGGCUGGUUUCCAGGACAAGCAUUUGGCAAACUCAGCCCUUGAGAUCAUUGACACUGCAACCUCUUGCUGCUGUCCCAGGCCCCCUGUCUGCCUGGGUGAGACGGUACCCCUCACCACCAGCCUGUUUUGUCCUGGCCUCUGUGGGGCUGUGGGGUCACCUUUCCUCACUCCUGCCCGACACACACGCACCCAUAGGCUUCACCUCCUUCCCAGUCUGCCCCGAGGACUUGGCUUCCCGAGGGUGCUCUGGCAGCCACGGGUAAGGAGGGGCUGGGCUGCUUAGACCUCCUUCUUCCGAGUGGACUCUGCACAGACACCAUCUCCCACAUGGUCACACGUAUUGUCACAUACAGACAAAAGCCCACAAUGACAAAAUCAUAUGCGAUCUUGACCACCCAGUCAAUCCAGACAUGUCACAGACACACACAUUCUUCCAAAGAUGCUUAUGCUCAUGCGAUUCUUACACGGCCCCCAUGCUUAUGACAAUGCAAGUCGUUGAUCGUCGUUACGCAGUAGUGACGGCGUGGCCUGCCUCCUCUCUGCCCCGCCCCCACCCCCCGCCCACCCAUACACUCUGACACCACACGCGUUGCCUCCAGCUUUCAGGCUUACUGGGGAGGGUGCCAUUAGGCCGGAACAAUCAGCCCAUAUUGGGUCCCCCGCGUUGCCCUGUCACGCUCAGCCCUCACGACACCCUCACCAACCACCUUGCCACCAACCACCUUGCCACCGACCCUGGCAAGUCAGACGCAAUCCCACGUGGAUGCACGUUCACACCCACACAGCCCCGCUCGCACACUUGGACACUUGCCUUUCCUGGAAUGAAGUGCGGCGUGGGGGACCUUGCCACAAGCCCCCUCAGGGCAUUGUGUACCUGCUGAGCCUGGCUUCACCCUGCCCGCUUCCCUCCCCUCUGCAGCCUGCAAAGGACUUGGUUGAGGGCAAGUCCCCCACUUGCUGAGGAAGGCAGGCUGGUUCCUGGAAUUCAGCCUUGAGCUGGGGAGGGGGCUUGGGUCUCCCAGGACCAAAGGCCGCGGGUGGGGAGGGGGCAUGUGGUGGGGGUCCUGGUCUCCCUACAUCCCUCUCCUGCUCUGAGCUAGGGGGCUGACUCUGCCUCCCAGGACACAAGUCUCCAAAGUGCCUGUGAGGGUGGGCCCUGCGCCUGGGCCCUCUGCACCCUCUCCCGUUGGCCUCACCAGGCCCACCUCAGCCCCACCCCUGGGCCCUCCCGGGGACCCUCCCGGGGACACUCACCCAUUCGUUUGGCCAGACAACCUGGCAGUUGUCCUGGCUGCAGCUGGAAGCAGCCCAUCCAGAUGCACUGCCCCCGGCUGAGGGCUGAGGGCAGGCGGGGGUGGGGGGGGUCCCAGGCUCCAGCCUGCCUCCCUUUUCUCUGUUACCCAUGCAAAUGGGGUCCCUUAUGUAGAUAUUUUAAAUGUGGGGUCACAAAUCUCCAUGGGGGGGUGUGCUUUGUGGGGGCUUCUGGAGCCAAGGGCUGUGGCCUGAGCUGUGAUGGGGCUGGGCCUCUCCCCCCCACCCCGUGCCCACACCCCAGAUUAAGUCAGGAACCCGAGUUUUAUUUCUGUUCCCUUUUCAAGACUUGCUGGCAAUAGACUUCUGCAGGGUGAGGGCCGGGGCUGUCUGAGGCAGUGAGGGUGAGGUUCCAGGGAGCUUCCGCAGCCUGUCUUUUCCACCGUCCUACUCCUAGGCUGGGGCUCCAUGUUUCAGCCCCACAGGCCCCCUUGGCAGGGUCUGGAGGCUUGUGAGGAGCCCAGCUGGCCCCCGUCUUUGAGGGCGCAGGAGUAGGGGGAGGCGUCCCCGGCCCGCCCUCUGUUGAAGGUGACCUGGCCUCAGUCAUCCCUGGAGUGUAAGGGCUGGGGGACAGGAGAGACCAAAGUCCCAGCCUCCCUCUCCCCUGCUCCCUGGCGGGCUGCUGUCUUGGGGCAGCAGCUCUGGUGAGAAGGCCUGGGCAGGCCAAGGCUGAGACGCCAGGGAGCACGGAGGAGAGAGGGUCUGGACCACCCAGGGAAGCCCUGGGAUGCUGGGACUGGGGUAAGAGACCCAGCAGUGGGGGCAGCCUCAGCAUGGGGCUGGAGGCCGUGGUGCUGGCGGCGGGGUCCAGCACAGGAUGGCUAAGUGGGGCGUAGUCUGGCUGGAGUGGGCUCGGAGGGGCUGCGUGGGUCCAGCCUGGCCCCAGCAGGCAUGACUCCUCACGUUCUGUGGGCUGGCUUCUCAUCUGGGGCCUCCUGGCACCGGCCUCUUCUCUGUGUCCUUAGUAUUUGAGAGAAGAGGCCGAGGGCCUCAAUCAUGGAGCCCUGGACCCAAGACAGAUGUCCAGGCUUUAUGAAGUUUAACAGUCCGAUCAACCCCAGCCAGCCCAUUGUCCAGCAUGGCAAUCCGAGAGCGGGCUGUGAGGUGGACAGGCUGGGGCUCUCUGGGGUGCAGUGUGAGUGCAGGCUCACCCUGCCUGAGCACGUGGUGUGAUGCGUACAGGGCCUGCCCAGUUAUGUCCCCAGCCAUCCCGGUGCUCCUGGGGAGGGUGUCCUGCAGGGCCCCGGCAUUGCUGGGAAACGUGGCCGAUUCCAAAGGAAGAGAGGGCGUGUGUGCUUGACAGCCUCUCUGGGGCCUCAGCUGCCAGAGAGAGCGGGGCUGGCUGGGGCCACCCCCCAGCUGUGACUUCUAGAGCCCAAGUUCUGUCUCCCCAGGGGGCCAGAGGGGGGUGCCUCCCCUGAAGGCUGGUCCCCUUGAUCAGAAGCAGAUGGGAGGUCCCGAGGGCCGGGCCGGGCAGGUCAGCCGGCAGGGGCUUGGGGUGCUCAGGCCGGACCCCCCUGGGGUGGGCCAAGCCAUCUGUCCAAGCCUCCAGGCUGGGGCCCUGGGCACAGGGAGCAGACCCACCUCUGCCUCGUGGGGCAGGCGUGGCCACCGCCUCCUUGGCGCUCCUGAAUUUAUUCUGGCAGCCGCCACCCUGGACGUGCUUCCCCAGGCCUCCUGCCUGUAAAUAGAAGUCCACAAACUGUGUACAGAUUUACAGAGACGCCGAGGCUGGGCCCCAGAGUCGCCAUCUAAGGGCUGAUGGCCCCAACAUCCCCCGGGUGCCCACCAGGCUGCUCAGUGCCCCGGCCCCAGCGUGGCGAAUGCAUGUAAAUAUUUUUCGUAGGCAGUGUGGCUCCAGAGAGCCCCCUGAAGACACUGUCCCUCCCGUGCGUCCUUUCUCCUGUACAGACCCUUCAAGAACCCAGCCUAGGGCGGGGGGGAGUUUGUCUUCCCUCCCCCAGGCUUUCCCUGCCCCUUCUCUACCCCAUAACCUGUUUAUUAACCAUACCUGUCCUGAGUUCAUGGCCAAAACUUUAAAUAAGAAAAAGCAGUGGAAAAAGACUGGAAAAAGAAACCAAGGCACCUGCCCCACGGCAGGUGCUCACCUGUCCCAGCCUUGUGAAGGAACUGGUUUUUUUCUUCUUCUUUUUUUUUUUUUUAACAUUUCCUGUGCUGUGCCCAUUUAUAAGAGGAAAUAAAAUUAAGCUGAAAUGA